GAAGCAGAAGAGCCACCAAAACGGCCGCCACAAUUGCCAGUGCCUCAGCAGCCGCCGCAGCUGGUGCCGUGCCCCUACCGUACGCCGAUCUCCAUCAGCAUCCGCAUCCGCAUUCGCAUACGCAUCCGCACCAUUCGCACCACCACUUUGCUAGCACAGCUCCCCUGACCAGCACCGAUAGCUUCAAGCUGCGUUCCGAGGAACCGGUGCCGGGCUUCAGCUCGGCCUCCCCCUGGCCCACGCUCGAGCUGGGGAUGGAGUGGGGACGCAAGCUCUACCCUACCGCCGGGCCCCGGUCCGCCGGCGGCCUAAUGUUCGGCCUGCCGCCCUCAGCCGCCGACAUGAACCAGCCGCGUGGCCCCAUGACCUCGCUCAAGGAGGAGCCGCUGGGCGGACGCUGGGCCAUGCAGCCAGUCGUCGAUCAGACCAACUUGGGCAUUGGCCGCGCCCACUUUGAGAAGCAGCCGCCCAGCAAUUUGCGCAAAUCGAACUUCUUUCACUUUGUGAUCGCCCUCUACGAUCGCGCCGGACAACCCAUCGAGAUCGAGCGCACUGCCUUCAUUGGGUUCAUCGAGAAGGACUCGGAAUCGGAUGCCACCAAAACGAACAAUGGCAUCCAGUAUCGCCUGCAGUUGCUCUAUGCGAAUGGCGCGCGCCAGGAGCAGGACAUAUUCGUGCGGCUGAUCGAUUCCGUGACCAAACAGGCCAUCAUCUAUGAGGGUCAGGACAAGAAUCCAGAGAUGUGUCGCGUCCUAUUGACGCACGAAGUCAUGUGCAGUCGCUGCUGUGAUAAGAAGAGCUGUGGCAACCGCAACGAGACGCCAUCGGACCCCGUCAUUAUUGAUCGCUUCUUUCUCAAGUUCUUCUUGAAGUGCAAUCAAAAUUGCUUGAAAAAUGCCGGCAACCCGCGGGACAUGCGCAGAUUCCAGGUGGUCAUCUCCACACAGGUGGCCGUGGACGGACCCCUGCUGGCCAUCUCCGACAACAUGUUUGUGCACAAUAACUCGAAGCACGGACGGAGGGCCAAGCGGCUGGACACCACGGAAGGUACAGGCAACACAUCCCUGUCCAUAUCCGGUCACCCCCUAGCGCCCGACAGUACCUACGAUGGUCUCUACCCGCCCCUGCCGGUGGCCACGCCCUGCAUCAAGGCGAUCUCCCCGAGCGAGGGCUGGACCACUGGCGGCGCCACAGUCAUCAUUGUGGGCGACAACUUCUUCGAUGGGCUCCAGGUGGUGUUCGGCACGAUGCUCGUGUGGAGUGAGCUGAUCACGUCGCACGCCAUCCGCGUCCAGACCCCGCCCAGGCAUAUACCCGGCGUCGUGGAGGUGACGCUCUCCUACAAGAGCAAGCAGUUCUGCAAGGGAUCGCCCGGACGCUUCGUCUAUGUCUCAGCUCUCAACGAACCCACAAUCGACUACGGAUUCCAGCGCCUGCAGAAGCUCAUCCCACGCCAUCCCGGCGACCCAGAAAAGCUGCAGAAGGAGAUCAUACUGAAGCGUGCCGCCGACCUGGUCGAGGCUCUGUACUCAAUGCCCAGAUCUCCGGGCGGCUCCACCGGCUUCAACUCCUAUGCCGGACAGCUGGCUGUCAGCGUGCAAGACGGCAGCGGCCAGUGGACCGAGGAUGACUACCAGCGCGCCCAGUCGAGCAGCGUGAGUCCACGCGGCGGCUACUGCAGCAGCGCCUCCACACCGCACAGCUCGGGCGGCUCCUACGGCACGUCGGCCACCACGGCAGCGGUGGCAGCCACGGCCAACGGCUAUGCGCCCACACCCAACAUGGGCACGCUCUCCUCCUCGCCGGGCAGCGUCUUCAACUCCACGUCAAGAGUGAGCAGCCUGAGCUUCAAUCCCUUCGCCCUGCCCACCUGCAACACCCAGGGGUACAGCACCAGUCAGCUGGUGACUUCAACCAAAUAAUAUUACUACUAAAUGAGGCUAUUGGCAGGCCAACCAAUAAUCCCCUCCCAACUCGGAAGCUCGAAAGUGCAAUAAACAGAAAGAAAGCAAAAUAAAAUGGUUCCAAAAUUCAAAAACACUUUAUCAAUAUAGUUGUAUAUUUUGUCGAUUGAUUCCCCGUUUUUGAUUGAUUGUUUUUGAAUAUGCCUAGGCAAUAGAGAUAAAAAUACCCAAUAAAUACUUACACAUACAUAUACAUAUGUAAUAGCAUAUCAGAGUAAAGGAAAUACAUAUGAAAUCGGGGCGAAAACUCUAUGUACAUAAACAAUACAAUAACUAAAUGAAAUGUAUAUGUAUAUCAUACCUAUCGGAACUGUGAAUAGAGGAAAUUAUACCAAUUUAUACACACAUACCCAUGAUGAUUGAAAAUUAUACGAAUUCAGAUAUACCAAAAACAGAUGAACAUUUUUGAAUAAACCUUUGGACAUAACUAAAUGCUUGUAUACGACACCCUUUCGGAUAUGCCAUAUAUCUAGAUAUGUACGAACUUAUGGGGAACUACUCUCAAAACUCAGCCAGAGAAAACUGAAAUCAAAAUGUUAUAUACCUAAAUAGAUAUACACAUACACAUAAAUAAAUGCUAAAGCCAGAACUUCAACAUUUUGCCGCAUACAUAUCUAGCAUAAUAAUUAUUGCAAGAAAUUUACACAUACCAAACAAACUUUUGGCAAACAUAUCGUGCACUUAGUCCUAGCCAUCUUUCACACAACCCAUACAUUUUUGUAUCAUAUCAUCAUAAAUAAGUAUCCACAAUUUGGGAAUACAUUCGGAGUAACACCAAAUCUUCAUAAGAUCCAUACAAAUGUCUGUAUACAUUUUGCUAUUCAAGUCAGAGUGUUUGAUAAGCUACCGAUUUGUUGACU